UUUGGGUUUCGCGCUAAAGCUAUGAAACAAAAGCCGAACGAAAUCAAACAAUGAAACCCUAGACUCAGCCAACCAACUAACUCUGUUUCUCCGUGGACGGAGAAUCGAUGACCGUCUCGGAUUGCUCCUCUUUUCCGACGCCAAUCGGUAGCGCCGGAAGGAUCAGGAUAUGAUGGAGGUAUUAUUGAGAUAGUUGCUUCUGAAGCCAAACCUUCCUUUCUUAUCCUCUUAAGAAAAGAGCUCUUCGAUGUGGAUUUUAAGUUGCAAGCAAGGAAUCUGUUUCAGUAGAUUUUCCUUUUGCUGGUCCACUGUUGGCUUGUUUGUCAAUCUCUGCUUGAACAGUGUGAUGUGAGGUUUUAUUUUUGUAGUUCAAUUAGUUUAUGAACAUAUUUCCCUUCAUGGCUGGAUGGUGGACUUCAGAUUGCUUGAUAAUCAUCCCAUAGCCUGGAUAAAAUUGUGACUGAAACUGGAGAUUUCAGUGCCGUAAGUGGAUAUUUUGGGUUAUAGCAUCUUUAUUUUCUGGGAAUCCUUUCCAUCUUGUUGUUUUACUAGGAGGUUAUGGAGUUCUUUCCUGUCGAGGUAAUUGACAACAUAUUGUCACGGCUUGAAGAUGCACGAGAUGUUGUAAUUGCAUCUUUUACAUGCCGGAAGUGGCGAGAGGCUUGGAGGAAUCAUCUUCAUAAGCUUACAUUUAAUUCGGAUGACUGGCCUGUUUGUGAUGAGCACAUGACACGCAGAUUUGAAGUAAUUAUAACUCAGACAAUUUUCCAAACCAAUGCACUGCAAUGUCUUUCAAUAACCAUGAAAAAAGAUGUUGUGCUCUCUGCUGCUCCGGUGAUUGCUUGGCUAUUGUAUACAAGAGAAACCUUACGCCAAUUGCAUUUUAGUGUGAAUACCCCAAACCUUAAUAUACUUGAAAAAUGUGGUCACCAGAGGUUGGAACUGUUGGAUCUGGCAGAGAUAACCAUAUCCAGAGUUGAAUUUAGUUACCAAAAAUUUUCUUGCUUGAGGUCUCUUUCACUGGAUCAUGUCACCAUAUCAGCUUUGGACCUGAGUCGUUUGGUCACUGCCUGCCCCAAAGUUGAGGUCUUAAAUCUUGUUUGUCUGGAUUUUGAUGGUCCAUGGGGCACAAUGAAACUUCAUAGUAACUCUUUGAAAGAUAUCCACGUUCAAGGCAUUCAUUUGGAUCAUUUGAAUGAAAUCAUCUUGGAUACUGAUAGCCUUGAGAAACUGCAAAUAAAAGAUUGUGACCUUGGGAUCUUUAAGCUUCUGAGCAAAGGGACGUUGAGACUCCUUGAAAUGGAUGACGUCUAUAGCUUCCCUCUUGAUAUUGGUGAGAAUGCUGAGAAUCUUGAAAUUGUGGAGGUAAGCAACUCCACAACAUGGCGGUCCAAUUUCCAUCAUAUGAUAUCAAAAUUAUCAAAAGUAAGAAGGAUGAGUCUAUGUGAUGUUAUGUUUGAAGAUGAAGUUGAAGCUGUGGAUAUUGACUCUACUUCUGCUUGCUUUUCUCAAUUAAGUCAUUUAUCCUUGACCUAUGAACUCAGAGAUUCACUUCAGUGUGGUUUGCUUGGUUAUUCUCAACUGGAAAAUGUGGUUGUAUUGGAGCUUGGCUGGGAAGUGAUUACUGACCUAUUCUCACAUUGGGUAGUGGAACUACUGGAAAGGUGCCCUAAUUUGAGGAAGUUGGUCAUUCAUGGGGCUGUGUCGCGAAUCAACACACAAGAAGAAUGUGAUGUCUUAGCGAACUUCACAUCCUUUAUUGUUAAGUUUAUGGGGAAAUAUUCGCAUGUGGAGGUUCAGUUUAAAUAUGUAUAGAUUUUAGGAACUUUUGCAUUGGAGUUCAAAUUUUUGUCAAUUGUGGAAUUGUGGAUACUGCAAGGAGGUACAUGAUGAUGAUCUUUAGCGAGCGAUCGUCUUUCUACUUAAUUGGGUAAUAUUUCUUUUUCCAGAUAAAUAUGUGCGUCAAGCUAUUGUGAAUUGACUUUAAGUUCACAUAUCCUUUGCAUUCUUGGUUUUUGUUUUUGUUACUAGUUAUUGAUUUGAUUUGCAUCUUAGCAACUCUGUUUCUGUUAUUUGCCAAGUCUUUUUA